AUGAAAAAGAAAAUUCAGACAUUUCUGGGGAACAACAUUAGGAGUCGUAACGAGAUUCCACUGCAAAGUACACAACAUAUUAAAUAUCUACUCUGGCCACAUAAUCUAUUCCUUCAACACCAACACAACACCCGCCCUAAUUUCGCAUUGGCACGACUGUAUAAAAGACGCGCCGAGGGAACUCUUCGGUUCUGUGAUAUUCACAGCUGCGGAACUGGUAUAAUCGUAAUUCAAAUCUGCUAUGCUGGGAGUGAAUUUAUCGGUAGUCAUUAUGUGAAUGCGAUAACUAGUUUUCCGGGUGGACGUGUACAUGAUUCAAAUGGCGCCAUUAAUGACAUAGCACCCGAAGCAACAACAUUUUCUCAUCGUGAUGCUAAAUUUGAAGUAGUUGCAAUUUUGCAAUGGAAAGACAAAGAGAGUGAUGAACGUAUAAUUGGAGAAGGAAAUGCGUGGUUCAACGAUAUAUUCAAACCAUAUUCAGUUGGCGGACCUUUUCCAAACACGUUAGGACGAGGGGAGGAGGAGGCUUCCUCUCAAAUACAAAUAGUAGAUUUGCGUGAACUAGAGGUUGAAACUCGCUCAUUUUUCGGUGUCAUAAAAGAGGAAACAUCACCUUUUACUAAUAAUCUUAAUGAAUCUAAGGGAAUAUUGAGGGAGCUCCUCGAGAAAGAUAUAAUCAUAGAAGAUAUUCAACCGAUCGAGAAGGGCACAAAUUUGAGUCAAGCAACACCACAACAUCAAAUACAAUUUGGUGUUUUCAAAAAUUUUGCAGAGAUUUUGUAUCUGGAGUUUCAAAAAGAUCGGAAGAAGCGUACUGCAGAAAAUGCAAUCCUUUAUUGCAAGAAGGCAAUUAUAUUUAUAAUCAGAUUUCUUGUCUCGCCACGCAGCACGAUCUGGAUUGCAUUAAAUAUUGACGCGACAGACCGACAGUCUGCCUACAAACUUGCCGUCUUGUAUGGAUCUGAAGUGAUAGAUAAUCGUAUAUUAGCGCUAAAGUUUUCGAAUUUAGGCCUUUAUGGACCGUCGCCUAUAAUGACACCACCACGAACUAGUUUUUCCCCUUUACAAUGGUCAUGUUUGGAAGAGCUUGCACGCUUACAUUGGGAUAUUGGAACCUUCGAAACGAGUCUUGAAUUGUGUGACCUCGGGUUAAAAGCUGAUUCUAAUAAUGCAAUGCUGAAUCAAUUAAAAGCACAAUUGAUGGAAACAUGGGUUAAAAAUUUCUUGACCACAGAUUAUUACUGGAACGCUCCUCAAAUCCAAAAAAGUUCACAUGGGAUUAUAAGAAGACGCAUUAGAGCCACAGCCAUCUAUAAUGAGCGCGCGCAAAUAAGGCAUUCCAAUUUGAAAGUGUGUACAUGGAAAGGGUUGGCAGAAACAUUAUUGGAGACUCGUAAAGAAAUUAACAGAGUUCGAAAACGUUAUGAACAAGAGAUCCCGCCACCAACCGUUCCUGUGAUUAUCGAUAUCACAGAUGACAAUAUAUAUAAUGAAGCAAGAGACUCUGAUGAUAUCCCGACAAAGAGGAAACGGAAGGAUACCGCAAGUACGAUAUUGGACAAUUCGGAUGAAAAAACAUCUGCAACUGUUCGUACGUCAAAGAGAGUUCGUCAUAAACUGGAAAAAAAUGAUUUCAAAAAACAACGCGAUCUUGCUGCUUCCGAAUUUUCACAAUCAAUUGAAGCCGAUUUUCGUCCAUACGAUGCCGAUGAUCCUAAAACAGCUUCCACUGUACGACUUUCAAUGUUUGUUCGACACAACAAUCCUCCCCCUGUUGACGAUUACUUUUCUGAUGACAACACAAAUCGGCAAAUCUUGGAGACGUUCGUCAAUGAGUUGAACGCAAAAAAACUUUGUAUUUCUGCUCAUAUUCGUGAAUUUAUUAUUAAAAUCUUAACGAUGACAUCAUCGUCAUCAUCCAAUGAACAAAAACAACUUCAAACACCCCCGCUAUGGUUUUGUCGAUGGCCGGAUGAGCUUAAAGAACGUUUAUGUGACUUGAUUCGUCUGGAAGGAGAGCAUAUUAUAGAGUACUUGUAUGAAUCGUGUAGGUACCCUGAUCUUGACUCUGCUGCUGCUUAUCAAACUCAAUUAGAUUCUAUUGAAUUCCAAGAAAGAUCAAGGUUUAUGCAGAAAGCAAUGGAGGCACUGCUAGGAAUGUUAGAAGUUUUAUGGGACUCAAAAAUGCUCAAAUUAGGAUUCCAAGGAUUUGACGAUGACGAACAACAAGACGGUAUUUUUCCUAUGGUAAAAAAAUCAAUAUUCGAUAAAUGUAUAUCAACGAUAGAAAGCUUUAAGGUAUCUCUUUCCGAAAUUAUUGGAUCCUCUUCUGUUCUUUCUGAUAGCCAGGAGUGGAAAAAAUGGAUCACGAGAUAUUAUGUGCGCUAUUAUUGGGUACGCGCGCAUAUCGAGCUUUGUAGAGGCCAGUUAUCCACAGCGAUGAAUUACUUCAAGUUUUGUAGAGUUAAUUAUGAAAAAUACGCCGAGUCUCAUCAUGACACAAAUGCUUCAAUUGUGAUGGCAAAUUUUUAUUAUGACGCGUAUAUGGAUAAAAAUACAAUAAAUAAUAAAAUAAAAUGGGUUGAGAUAGAGGAUUCAUUACCGAAAGACAACUGGUCACGUUCUGUUCGAUAUUUUACGGAAUGUGUCAGUUUACUGGUGAAUUCUGUCUCGAUGAACAUCCAUGACGACCAAGUUGUUCAAUUUUGGACUAUAUUGAAUACGAUAAAUGAACAAGUUAAUGUCAUUUCUGAUACCAUCAAGAAUAUAGACACAAUAGCGACUCUACACGAAGAUGACCAAAUAAAAUUCAAGAGUAGCAUGCGUCUAUUGUACAACUUACUCUUAGAAAUACUAUUCCCGCAGGACGAGCAUUUCUUAAACACAACCUCUGACACCACCAUUGGCGCUAUCUUAAAUCUCUUCUGUGUGAGAGUCUCGAUUCUGUUGUUCAAAUUGGUAUCGAUAAGUCCACUAGACAACUUGAGAGAGAAAAUGGCUGAUUUUCUAAGAACAAUGCAUAAACAGUUGGGAAUUCGCGAAAUGUGUGCAGCUGAUAAUGGUGCUUUUCUUAAACUUUGUUUGACAGUGCUUCCAUCGUUGAAUCCUUCAGAAUAUCAAGAGCAUGAUUUCCAGUGUGCUUAUUGCUUGUAUGGGUUUUCGCUUGGGGGGGAUCCUGAUUCUUUGGAAGAACAUAAAACAGAGCCACUUAAAUUGGACGAUAAAAUGGCCAAAGUCAUUUUCCGAAUGAUUAAUUCUUCCAUCACAGAGAGAUCUCUGCGGACUGGUCAACUGAAAACUGGUAUUAAGGAGGCGUUGGAUGAAAUCUCAUCAUUGAUUGUGAAUGUUCAGGCAACCCGGAAUUGGAUUGAUGCAUAUUUGCAUAUGGAUAUUGACUUUGAUGAUUGUAUUCUCCAUCAGUAUGUCGACUAUCGGCUAUUCAAAAAAUAUGAUGCGCCAGAAAUUCAAAAACAAUUGUUUUAUUUGCGUGGAAAAAUCUUUCAAUAUCAAUACAAAACACGCGCUAAACCAAACCAAUCUAAGGCUAUUUUUGUGUUGCAAAGUGCAAUAGAACAAUUCACGUUUCAUUUAUAUUAUAAUCCGAAUAACUUCUCUUCGUGGUUCGCGUUAGCUCAUUGUUAUUCGAAACUAGCCGAAGAGAACAUGGCAUGGAACGCGCUUGAAAUUACAAAAGAAUUUGUUAAAAUUGCUGUUUAUCAAAAGAUGUCAUUUCUUUGUUUUACUCUAGCUGCAAAAAUACAAAAUAGCCCAAUCAAUCAAGGCGAGACAAUCUCACGUGGGGAAUUGACUAAUUUCUGGCGAGAAUUUGGAUCUCACGUCUACUUCAUGACUACGCAACCAAUGUCGCGACGUAGUUUUUUACCUGUUCGAAGUGACGAACAACCGAAAUUACGUAUACCAUCUGAAGAGGAUUUGUAUGCUUUUUCUGCGUAUUGUUUCGGGCAGGCUCUUAAAUACGAAAACAUGAACUAUGAGAUGAAUGCAACGAAUCGAGAUUGGAGAAUACCUUAUAUGCUUGGUAAAAGUUUGCAGAAACUUGGAAAGAAUCCACAUAUCGUUUUACGACUAUACAAAGUGGCACUCGAUAGAACACCUGAAAGAUCAAGCAAUUCAGGUCAAGAGAAAAUUAUCGACACUGAAUACAAGUUAACAUCCACACUCGCGAAAUACUUGUUCAGAAAUCAGAUUGAGCCUGAAAUUGUUCGAAAAUACCUAGAACCUGAAUUACACAAAGAAUUUCUAACGAAAAACGGUGCAAAUAAUCGAGAUAUUCAUCAUCUUCACCCUCUAAAUAACAAUAUCUCGGCCGAGCGAAGAUAUGCAUUUGAUUUAAUAUUUGCACGACUAUUGGAAAUUCGUAAAAAUGAUAAGAUGAAGUGGCAUCAUCGUCCGGUGUUUAGGCAUGCUUGGCUAUUAUACUAUGUUGACAACAAUCCAACAGAAGCCAAAAAGCUGCAUUCGUCUCUGUUUCAACUAAAAGCUUCAACGAAAUCAGUAAUGAAUGUCUGGAGACCUGAAUUCGAAAGAGCGGGGAGACAUUUCGUUUAUGUUGGAAAUUAUAUCGAUUUCCUCAUUGAGCUUGCCAAAGAUACUCACGAUGUAGAUUGUAUCAAAAGUUUAUGCGGAAAACUCAAAAAAGCUCAGAAUAUAUUACUUCGAUAUAAGGAACUUAACGAGGCAGCCGAAGAAGUUCAUCAAUUCAUGCUUGCUGAUCAACAACCUAUAAUAUACCUUCCACAACCCACAACAAAAACUCAAUCACCUUCAUCUUUACCCACAAAUCCACCAAUACCAUCACAGUCUUCAGCGUUUACGCAUCUUCCCGUCCAAUCGCAAAGUUCAUCGUCUUCACUACCAAUUCCUCAGGUAAUCAUACAAUCUAAUACAUCUUCCUAUCAACCAAUGAAUCCUUAUGAUUAUUCUUAUCAGCCGCCGGUUGUUUCUCAACAAAUAGAAAAUUCCUCUGAACAAAGUAUAAAUCACCAGUCCAACUCUACUACUUCAUCAUCAAAAUCUAAACCAACCAUAAUAGAAUUAGAUUAA